GGUGGGAUUUUAAAAAUUUAUUUCAUUUUUCCCAUGGGAUCUAUUAAUAGACUAGCGAGGGGAUGGGAUCUUGAACACUGGCUGAAGUAACCGACUUAAGAGAGAAGACACGCUGCUAUUAGCGAAGACAGGGACGUGAGGGGAAGUUCAUUUAUUCACUCAACAAUCACUAGUUGAGUGUGGAUAAAAGAAAACCGUCCUUGACCACAUAAGGAAUUAGGUCUAGUAGGGAAGACAAACGUAGGUCAAUAAAUUACAUAAGGGCUGUACUAGAUUGUAUGGUGGUACAGGUGGGGAAGCGAGCAACUAUGUCUGCAUUGCGUCCAGGAAAGGGUCACAGGCGUGUUAUGUAGAUUCUGGAGAAAAUUCAAAAACAGCAUUUAUUUUUACUUAUUUACUUUUGUAUGUAGAGACAAGGGUCUCACUAUGUUGCCCAGGCUGUUGUUGAACUACUCGCCUCAAGCAAUCCUCGCGCCUCCACCUCCGAAAGUGUUGGGACUACAGGUGUAAGCCACCGCGCCUGGCCUAAAUGCGGCAUUUAGAAAAAGUAUUUACAAUAUCUGCAUUAAAAGAACCAUAAAGCAACCAGGUAUCUAAGUCCCUGAACCGAUUUAAGUUGCUCAAACCUGAGAGGACAACCAAAUGAUAGCAGAAGGGCAAAAGAGAAAGGAAGCCGGAGUGCCCACUCAGGAGUGUGAGCGGCAGGAGGCAUUUCGGGAGCCGCCCGAGCUUCAGAAAACGGAGCGAGACACCAGGUGGCCAUACUGAGGAUUAAACAGGGCCUCGCGGUUCCGCACUGCGGCCGGGAGACAAACCAGCCGCCACUAUCACCAGCCCCGAGCAAACCACUAAGAACUGGGGAGGCGCGCGGGGCGGCUCAGGGCUGGCGCAUCUGGUGAGGAGCUUGAUACCGAGGCCCUUAGGGUCGGCUUAGGCGGUUCCCUGGCCCAGGCGCCAGAAAAGGGGCCGGCUCAAGCAGGCAUGGGCGGCGUGCAGUACAGCACACCUAGCCCCAAUUCUUCAACAGUUCUCGUCUUCCGAGCCUGUCACAGCCGGCUUCACCGAGACCGUUCACCGCCACCACAAGAUUCUGUGAAGGGUAUCACCACCCCGAGGAGGCGACUAGGAGACGCGCAAUCCCGCGAGACCAAGAGGCCCCGCCCGAAGCCCGGCCUCUGUGACCGGAAGUGAGGCACUUGGCCCCGCCCCCCGUGCCCGAUACCUCGCGAGACUUGGCGAAGGCCUUCCUUUUUCGUCUGGGCUGCCGACAUGCCAUCCAGACUGAGGAAGACCCGGAAACUUCGGGGCCACGUGAGCCACGGCCACGGCCGCAUAGGCAAGCACCGGAAGCACCCCGGAGGCCGCGGUAAUGCUGGUGGUCUGCAUCACCACCGGAUCAACUUCGACAAAUACCACCCAGGCUACUUUGGGAAAGUUGGUAUGAGGCAUUACCACUUAAAGAGGAACCAGAGCUUCUGCCCAACUGUCAACCUUGACAAAUUGUGGACUUUGGUCAGUGAGCAGACACGGGUGAAUGCUGCUAAAAACAAGACUGGGGCUGCUCCCAUCAUUGAUGUGGUGCGAUCGGGCUACUACAAAGUUCUGGGAAAGGGAAAGCUCCCAAAGCAGCCUGUCAUCGUGAAGGCCAAAUUCUUCAGCAGAAGAGCUGAGGAGAAGAUUAAGGGUGUUGGGGGGGCCUGUGUCCUGGUGGCUUGAAGCCACGUGGAGGGAGAUUCAUUAAAUGCUGACUACUUUUUC